UUCCCGCCAUAACAGAGACUCAUUUUAUUCACACAGUUCCCUCUCUCUCUCAUUCUCCCUCCCUCUCUCUCUCUCUCAUUCUCCCUCCUUCUCUCUCUGCGCGCGUGUCGAUAGUAUAUUUCAAAUCUCUAUUCGAUGGCUCCUUCUGGCUGUGUUACUGAUUCAAUUCCUCCGUCAACAACGCUAGAAGUUGAAGAGAAGGAUCUUCGGCCAUUCUUUGUUCUUCAUAAAGCUUCAUCCCGGAAAAAAGAUAGAACACCAACUGCACAGGCAAAGUUGUGCAUGACGAAUGAAUUAUCUUCAUCACCAGAGAGUGUAAAAAAGUUGGGAGGAAGUAUGACGGAGGGAUGUGAUCUCCAUUUGUUUCAGCAACUACAAAUUGAAGCUUUUGACAUUGUUUGGGAAAAGAUUGAAUCUACCAUUAAGGGUGUUUUAAGAGAUCUCAAUGCCAAUGUAUUUAAUAAUAUACAACAAUGGGUUCUGGAGUGCUUCAACACUACUAAGUUGCUUGGACAACAUACCAUUGCUGAAGCAACUCGGUCUUUUCCUGUUCUAAAUAAUACCACUCCUGGGCAGCUGUUCACUGCUUUUAUUGUCACCAGAAACAUAGAGUUCGUUGAUGAUAUGUUGACAUUUGAAGAGCUUGGCCAUUUCUUGAAAUCCCAUGGAUGCCAUGUGGCUAAGCUUUCAUCCCUAGAGUUUUCAUUGAAAAAUGGGAUUGCUGGUUGCUUGAAAGCUCUGUUGCGAGAGUUUGUUGGAUGUGUUAUUGAUUCAGCUGAUAUAUCAAUCUUAGCAUCAUGGUAUAGAGAACAUGUAAACUACAAUAAACCACUGGUGCUGAUCAUUAAUGAUUUGGGGAGAUGUUCUGGAUCAGUCUUAACUGAUUUUAUCUUGAUGCUGAGUGAAUGGAUUGUCAAGGUGCCAAUUAUCUUCAUAUUUGGAGUUGCAACGACAGUGGAUACCCCGAGAAACAUUCUGCCAUCACAUGCUCUUGAGCGUUUGUGUCCCUCUAGUUUUAUGCUUGGAACACCUGCCGAGAGAAUGGAUGCAAUUGUUGAGGCUGUUCUUGUGAAACAUUGUACCAUGUUCAGUAUUGGUCAUAAAGUGGCCGUCUUCCUAAGGAACUACUUCAUCAACCAGGAUGGGACAAUAACAUCCUUUAUUAGAGCUUUGAAGGUAGCUUGCCUAUUGCAUUUCUCAAUGGAACCUCUAAGUCUCAUACAUGGGCGAGCACUGGCUGAAGAUCAGAAGGAGGGUAAAUCUGCAGUAUCACCUGAGACACUGCUGAAAUACAUAGAUCAACUUCCAUUGUAUGCAAGGAGUCAAAUCGCUGAUCAUCACACUAAAAAGAGCACGGCUGAGGGUUUGUCAGAAUUGGUGACAAUGCAGAAACUAUGGAGUACUGCAGUUCUGUGCCUAUAUGAAGCUGGAAAAUAUAGCAGAGUGCGACUAUUGGAUUUGUUUUGUGAAGCUCUAAGUCAAGAUUUGUACCUGUCACGGGGUCCUGAUUGUCAUGUGGGAAAUGAAAGAUAUUGUGGUUUGUCUUCCACAAAUGAUUCCAGUCAACAAUAUUCCAUCAUGCAAAGCGGUGGUUAUAUUGGCCAGAUAGUACGAAAUGUGAGGGAUCUCCCCGCAGGGAUGCUAUAUCAGUUAAUUGAGAAUUGGGAAAAACUUACUGCAGAUAUUUCAGAGAUUCACGAGAAACUGAAAGUGUUGCAAUCUUCAUUAAGAUGUGAAGAUGGAAAGAGUCCACGCAAGAGUUCCAAGGACAAUCCCAAGAGAUAUACGUCCAAGAUUUCAGUAAACACUGAUAAGGAUGCAAGAAUGCUAAAUUCACAAGCUAUUGCAUUUUUAAACUGUCUAGUUGGGAAUUUUUUGAAGCCCAUUGAAGGCAUGCCUUUCCACGAAAUUUUAUGUUUCAAGAAUGUUGAGAAGCUUCAAUUGGUUUUAAUUGGAGAUCCAAGAAGAAGAAUUCAGGUUGAUCUGUUGGAGUUCCAUAAGAUUUUAAGGUGUAGCUGCUGUAGCAAGAAUGGCAAUGCUCUAUUGCCAUCCAGGCAUGAUUCCUCAAUUAUGUAUUCUCUGGCUCAAGAGCAUGGAGAUCUUAUCAAUCUCCAUGACUGGUUUCAGUCUUUUAGAUCAAUUGUUCUUCAAAAUAAAAAUAAACGGAAGCAAAAUACAAAGCAAUCCCCACAACCAAAGAAGAGAAAAGCUAUAAAUGGAUCUGCAGACCAAAACGAAGCGUCAAUUCAAGCACGCUUUUGCAAGGCAGUUACAGAGCUGCAGAUCACAGGACUGGUUAGAAUGCCCAGCAAGAGACGCCCAGAUUUUGCGCAAAGAAUAGCAUUUGGACUUUGAAUACAGGCAACAUUCACUGCUUUACUUUCAUCUUUUGAUUUCCUAAUUUUGUUAUUAAAAUGUAAUAUAAUUUUAUUUUCUUUUAUAACGUAAUUAUUCAUUGUCUAUUAAGGGUAAUACACCUUAUCUAAAAUAAAAAGGUACAUAAAUAAACGUUAACUGGAAAAAUGAA